UAUGAUGCAUGUUGCUGGUGAACGAUUCAAAACGGUUGAUAAAGGGGUAAUAAUCGUCUGGUGUGUUGUGUCUUACAUCUGAAUCAAUAGUUGUUAAACAUAAAGGGGAACGAGUGAAUUGUUGCGAACUCUUUGGCGGUAUUUAUUCGAGUAUAAAUGAAUUUCUUUGGAGAAGAUAUGGAAGGGAUGGUGGAAGCCCCUGAGGGCACAGUGGGUUACAUGCCAUUCUUGCCCACUUAUGAUAUACCCAUGGAUACAAUUAAGCUUUAUCGUCUAGAUGAGCUCCUGGAGGAACGAGUAUUCGUUCUAUUCUGUGUAAAAACCUUAAGCCGUUCCACACAACUCUCCUUAAUGGAGAAGAGGGAAAAAUUGAUCGAGAUUCUCCGCAAGCACUCCCUAAACCACCACAUCUGGCUGUUGACGCAUAAUGGUGUGGAUCCAGGGACAGAAGAGCACCAGAGACACAUCGAAGAUGAGAGGUUUGUCCACCUCUACGUAUUUGCAGUGUUCGUUCGUCAUCCAGUAAUCAUCGAUUUCUUAACUGAGCAAGAAAAAAUGCUGUUCGUGUACCGUACCCUAUGUUACGAAAUUGACCAGGUGAUGGAAUUCUUGGAGACGAAUAAAAUGCCGCUUGCAGAAGCAACUGAGCAAGAUAAAGAGGGUCUCCAGCAUGAGUUGGACCUUCAUUGGACUUUUGAUGAGCCUCGUGAUCCCACGGAGCCGAUUUAUCAGGUUCCCUGGUUCUAUUCCGCCAACGUCUUCAGAUCUGGCUCAGUCCUCUUGCAUAAAGGCCUUUCCUAUGUUCCUAAGAGCAAACUGAAGGAAGUGCUCCCAGAAUUCUUCGAUCGACACCUGGAGAACGAGAGGAAGACCGACUUGUAUGGGCUAGCGGCAAAACUAGCUCUAAGUGCGGAUCAAAUAGUCUUCCUGCGUGCAUCCCUUAUUCCAACAUUUUGGAUCAAAUAUCGAUACACUCGUUUUCUAAAAUUCGAUAUGCGGAACUUCGAUAAGGAGAUUGAUUCCUUCCCGCCCUGUAUCCGAACUAUUCUCGACAGUUGGACUAAAACGAACCACUUGAAAUACGAGUCACGAAAGCAGUUGUGGCGAUUUUUUAAUGGCCUUCAAACAGAUCCUGAUGCUCUUAUAAUGCGAAUGAGGAGCACCUUCAAGGUUUCUGAAAAGAAGAUGAAGGGAUACAUCUAUGAAAUGAAACAUUCCUUUGGAUUGGUUGGAAGUAAAAUUCAAUAUGAAACACCGGAUUGUUCUUCCUAUAAUCAUGGUCCCACGAGAGUGUCAGAGGUGGAUGGCUGUCCUUUUGCUGAUUUUGAGUCUGACGAUAUUGAAGAUCUGGGGACUAAGCUGACUGCAUGGAGCAUUCCACCUGAAACCCAUGCGGAAAUCCUGGAUUAUAAAUCAAGAGGCUCCUGCAGCAACGCUUGCGGAGCUUUCUUCACAGCCGUUCACGGGGUGGAGCCGAAACAGCCAAUCCUCAAUCCUCUCGAUUUCUAUAGUGAGAGCAGGAAGGUGUUGGGCAUAAACUCUACUGAGGAACCAACAGACGAUGAACUGAGUCCAGAGUUCUUCGACAAGCUCUUCGCUAGCUCCACCAACAGACAUGCUUAUGUCUUGGAUAAGGAGACGAGGCUAGAAACAAUCAGGGAAUAUUUCGACGAGAAUCCAUGUGACAAGUCUUGGAAUUAUACGGUGGACACAAUCAAGAGGAUGGACCGUAAUUAAACUGAAUUUACAAAACUGUAAUGGAAAAAUUUACUUUUCAAGCAGAAUGAAGGGAAACUUAAUAAUAAAUCGAACGAUGAUGUGAUUCCUUUCAAUUAUAAUAAAAUAAACAUCUUUAAGUAACCUUCUAAAUUCCAUUAAAACGGCUAAAUAAUUAAUUUUUUUGAAAAACAAUACGAAUAAUCAAUGAAUAUCGA